CUCUGUUGCUGCACCUUUUCAGGACUGAGUCCAGUUUCCGUGUCGUCAUGGCAGGGUCACCCACGGCGCCACUGAGGCGCAUCACGAGGGCAUCACUGGCACGCUUUGCCUACGCCGAGAGCGACAAGGGCAGCAGCACCAGCGCCACGACUGCAACGACGGCGGCAACGGCGACGAUGACGACGAACAGAAAGACCAAGACUGCAACCGCAACCACAACCACCACAGCCCCAGACAUCGAAGACAUCAUCCCCUCACCCUCCCGCAAGCGCAAACGAGCCACCGUCGUCUCCUCCUCGCAAGACCUUCUCAAUGGCCCGGUCAGCGUCAAGAUCGAGGCCUCGCCCUCCCCCCGCCGCGCCCGCAAGCCCGCACGCAGGACCAGGGACCCCUUGACGGGGGCCGAGACGGUGGUGGCUCCCUCGGGCUGGCAAGAACUCUACGACACGGCCAAGGAGAUGCGGCUGUCGGGGGCCGCCGCCAACGCAGCCGUCGACACCAUGGGCUGCGAGCGCCUGGCCCUGCCCACCGCGAGCCCCCGCGACCAGCGCUUCCACACCCUCGUCGCCCUCAUGCUGUCCAGCCAGACCAAGGACACCACCAACGCCGUGGCCAUGCGCCGCCUGCAUACCGAGCUGCCGCCGCACCGCCCCGGCGCCCCGCCCGGCCUCAACCUCGACAACAUGCUCGCCGUCGAGCCCGACACGCUCAACGGCCUCAUCUGGGCCGUCGGCUUCCACAACAACAAGACGAGGUACCUCAAGCAGGCCGCCGCCCUCCUGCGCGACCGCUGGGGCGGCGACAUCCCCGACUCCAUCGACGGCCUGGUCUCGCUCCCCGGCGUCGGGCCCAAGAUGGCCCACCUCUGCCUCUCCGCCGCCUGGGGCCGCACCGAGGGCAUCGGCGUCGACGUCCACGUCCACCGCAUCACAAACCUGUGGGGCUGGCACAAGACAAGGACCCCCGAGGAGACCAGGCUGGCCCUGCAGGCCUGGCUGCCCCGUGACAGGUGGCGCGAGAUCAACUGGCUCCUGGUCGGCCUCGGCCAGACCGUGUGUGCGCCCGUCGGGCCCAAGUGUGGCGACUGUAACCUGGGGCUCGAUGGCCUCUGCAAGGCCGCGGACCGCGCAAAGGUCAACCAGGGCCGCAGGCUACGGGAGGCCGAGGCCGAGGCCGAGGUUGACACGGGCGAUAUGAAGCAUGUCGAAGCUGUCAAGCGCGAGAUGGCCGAAGAUGCUGUAGCCGACAACUCUGGGUCUGCAGAGCUGGGCGUGGCAGAGCAGCGCACCCAACAAGAAUCGAAACCGCCGACAAAACGCCGAGGAAAGAGAGCAUGAUCGCCCGAGGGUCAGCUGUCCAGUCAGCAGUAGACGGUGUCCGUUCGGGUGUGAUGGCUGCACGUCACUGCGCUCCGAUCCACGUCCAAGACGAUCAAGAAGAUGGCCAGGUAUAAUGUUGUUUACCUAGGUAUCAACUAUCCAUGACCAAGCGUAGACAGCGUCUCCUUCCUGGCGUUAGUCGUCGUCUUGCUGCAACCGCCUCCCCAGCGAACCACCGUUGUUGAUUAGAUAUUAGACUAUUAUUAGUACAGCAGUGGUCGCUAAGCCCCGUGCGCCUCUGUUGAUGAGGUUGGUAUCGCCGUGUGGCCCCCAGCAUGGCUACUCUUCUCCCCCUCAUGACUGUCUGUCAUCAAACACCCUUGACCACCUGGGUCUUCUCGCUCUCCAGCCGGGCGGCAUUGCGCUCGUGCGACUCCUUCUUGCACUGCCAGCCACGUCAGCUCGUUGCGUUCUUCCUCGCCCCAGGCCCCAGGGCCACGGGGGCCAAGGGAAGCCCGUAGUAGGCACUCACAUCGUCUAGCCCGGUGCAGCUGUGGUCCUCAAGCAGCCGGUGCUUGCCGCAGAACCGUCCCCCGCAGAAGCCGCAAUCCCCCGCGGUGCGCUGCGGCUGAUCCUUGCAGUCUGGGAAGCUACAUCGCAUCUUCUUGCGCGCCAUUCCUUGGUUUGAGUUCGAUGAAUGGCUCGUACCCUAGGCAGCCGCUCUCGUGAUAUCGGUCUCGGUCGCUCGAAUGAGGGGGGGGUUCAAGUUAGCCGAGACUGGACCGGAAGGGAAGUUUCAGAUGAUCAAGCUAGUUUUGUGGUCGUUGAAGACCAACGCGUUGGAGCAAAGGUCGACUGGUGCUAUGAUGGAGGCGCCACGUAGUUUUGGGUAUAGCUGCUGUUGCCCGUUGGGUUAAUUACUUCCAAGGUUGUCAAUGCACAGACGGCUCGGGGCAAGUAUCAAAUCACCUUGUUCAACGGACCACGUUUCCUGAGGACCGUGUCACCUUGCUGGGUUCGAUGAGGACGUGAGGCGCACAACGACUGUGGUUCAUUUCAGGGUGGCUUCACGGUUUUCUUUUUCCACGGGGGCUGUCAAGACACCCCACUCUCUUCACUCGCCAAGGAGCACACUCGGGUAUGUGCCUUGCUGUUGUGGACAAUUUAUCAUUGAUACCUACUUAAGGACCUAGGUACCUGGGUACCUAGGUAGUAAUACUCAGGUUCCUGGACUGACCGGGGAUCCAGGCAUCGCAGCGUCUUCCUGCCACCCAACCGGCCGGGUGUUCCUGGCCAUAGGCACAGCUCCCUGAAUGCAACACUUUUUGGUGGUGCCGUCCUCAUCCGUGCAGAAUGCUUGCAGCUCUUCAAGUGCUCUCAAUGACUCCUACUACCAAUCGUGCCUGCAAUGGUAUUCCGUACAUAGUGGAAGACUGCCUCAGUCUCACUGACUCAAUAUCAUGAAUACAUGACUACUGGCAGCCUGGCUGGUCAAUGCUACACGAC